UGUUGGGCCCCAGCACCAGCCCCGAGUGCGGAGGGCGGCCAGGACGGCCGCCAGCCCCCCCUCGGCAGCGCUUAUUUACUUGGAGAGGGAGGUGGAAACGUGCUAACCGCGUCCGCCUGCGGAGAGGGGCUCGCUGCUGGACAGAACCGGCUCAGAUGGAAAACAGCUCCCCGGCCCCGGCGUAAACAGCAGCGCCAGGGAGGCGGCUGCUUCCCCCCCCCCCCCGAGCCCCCAGGUAGGGCCCUCACCUUCGCCAAGGUGAGGCCGAGCGGGAGCCGCCGCGGAGCUGGGCCUGGUGCCGCCGUGCCGCCGCCUGGCCCCGUGGCUCUGGAGGAGAGGGUCCGUGGACGCCCCGCUCAGCGCCCGCCCCGCGGUGCAGGAUGGGUGCUGCGGCGGUGCUGCCCGCGGCCGCCUGCGUCCUGCUGGCCCUGCUGCCCGCGGGCUGCGCCCAGACCACCCCCCCGGCGGGCUGCGGCAAGGACCUCUCCUCCCUCUACUACAACCUCUGCGACCUCUCGGCGGCCUGGGGCAUUGCGGUGGAGGCCGUGGCCAGCCUCGGCGUGGUGACCAGCUUCGUGCUCACCAUCGUGCUGGUGGCCAGCCUGCCCUUCGUGCAGGACCCUCAGAAGAAGAGCCUGGUGGCCACGCAGGUCUUCUUCAUGCUGGGCACGUUCGGGCUGUUCUGCCUGACGUUUGACUUCAUCGUGGGGCCCAACUUCUCCACCUGCGCUUCCCGCCGCUUCCUCUUCGGCGUCCUCUUCGGCAUCUGCUUCUCCUGCCUGCUGGCACACGCCGUCGCCCUCAACUUCCUGGCGCGGAGGAACCGGGGCCCGCGGGGCUGGGUGACGCUGGCGGUGGCCCUGCUCCUCGCCCUGGUGGAGGUCAUCAUCAACGCCGAGUGGCUCACCAUCACCGUGGCGCGGCGGGAGGGCGGCCCCGCGGACCCCUGCGUGCUGGCGGACGCCGACUUCGUCCUGGCGCUCAUCUACGUCAUGGUGCUGCUGGUGGCCGCCUUCGGCACCGCCUGGCCGGCGCUCUGCGGCCGCUACACGCGCUGGAGGAAGCACGGCGCCUUCAUCCUGGCCACCACCGGCCUCUCCAUGGCCAUCUGGGUGGCGUGGACGGCCAUGUACCUCUACGGGAACCAGCGGGCGGGCGAGAAGCCCGGCUGGGACGACCCCACGCUGGCCAUCGCGCUGGUGGCCAACGCCUGCGCCUUCAUCCUCCUCUACAUCAUCCCCGAGGUGACGCACGUGACGCGGCGGGGCCCCGAGCAAGCCUACGAGGACGACGGCUACCCCACGCGGGGGGUGGGCUACGAGACCAUCCUGAAGGAGCAGAAGUCGCAGAGCAUGUUCGUGGAGAACAAAGCUUUCUCCAUGGACGAGCCCUCCUUCGCCAAGAAGCCGGUGUCCCCAUACAGCGGCUACAACGGGCAGCUGCUGACCAGCGUCUACCAGCCCACGGAGAUGGCUCUGAUGCACAAGGGCGAAGGGCCCUACGACAUGAUCCUGCCCCGUGCCACCGCCGCCAGCCCGGCCGCGGGCAGCGCCAGCUCCACGCUGCGAGCCGAGGACGCCUUCGCCGUGCAGGCCCGGCACGCCGCGGCGCAGCGGGACGGGAGGGUUGGCCAGGUGCAGUCCCCGUACAGCAGGAACCGGUGGUGAAGCCCGGGUCCCACGGCGCCAGCACAGCCACAGCCCCGCCGUCCCGAUCCUCUGAGGUCUCGUCCGUCCCCGACCCCGUCAGAGCUGGUUCCUGAGCUGGGGACGCCUGGAUGUGGCCCCGGAGCCAGCGCCGCGCCGCCCGGCCGUGGCACCCGCAAGCUGCCUGCUCUGCCUGGCUCCCCUCGUCCCUGCUGCCACAAGGACCGGCUCCCGCAGGGCCACCCCGAGCCACCCCGCUGCUGCCUUCACGAGACACCCGUCCCCUCGGGGCCAGGGACACUGCUGCCGGACAGCCAGGGGCACGGGGCGGCUGCCCCAGCGC